AUGAUUAUGGACACGAUCGGUCCGCUGACGGGGGCCCCCCUGGAGACGGGGCCCUCGCACCCCUCGUUCAGCCUCAGCUUCGACACAUUCAAGCUGACGGGGGUCGAGGAGGUCAAGUCCUCCCCCCCUCACCACCACUACCACCCCACUGUUGACAUUCGCCUCGUGAACCCGGCGGCGCGUGUGAAGAAAGAGGACCAAGAUGAGGAAGGGAUGGAGGACGACACGCUCAACACCCCCGUGUCCACUAGUGCCGACGUGAGCACUUUCUUCUGUACGGAUACCACCAUCUCGGAUCCGGUCCCCAUCACAGACAUGUUUGAUCCGGACAAAUGCCGGAACUUCCGGAGCUGCGACGCCUUGCUUGAUUCGCUCCGCAUUCCAUGGAAUUCUGCCGAGGCCGCGGACCCCUUAAAUGACCGGACGGAGUGUGUGGGAACUAUGUUCCCCGGCAGUCACAGCAACUCCCCGGUCGGCCGCAUCAGCUACCGGGGCAGCUUCACCACCGCCACAACGCCCGUCACGUCGGCCUGUUCGUCCUCCGCCUCCGGUGGUGGGCUCUCCCCUUCCGACUGGCUCCACAGCCCGUCCUCCGGCUCAGAGAAGAGCCUCCUGACCCCCCUCAUCAACAUCAUGGCCACGUCCACUCCUACACCACCUCCGCCAUCCACGCCUCCACUGCACCACCAUCAUCAGCACCACCACCAUCCCUACGACGAGGACACUGCGCAGCAACAAGCCACCUUCCUCUCGAGCGGGAGUCCUUCUCAUCAGGAGCAACAGCAGCAGCAGCAGCAGCAGGAACUGCUCGACCAGUUUGCAGUCGUUGUGUCUCAGCAGCAGUUUGACCCCGUGUCCUUCGCCCUUAAGCAGCAGUCCCCCUCCUAUUCGACGUCGACGUCUUCCACGUCCGAUCUGAUGGGAGUCGUCAAUCCGGACGACAUUGUCUACCACCGCUCCUCUCCAUCCUCCGUGAGUGCGGGCAAGUACCACUGGACGACGACGUCGGCCGACUUCUCCCUCUCACCAUCCAUUCUCGUCCCCAAGAUGGAACCCCUCCCCGAAGAGGCCGGAGCAGUUGCAUCCUCCUGUUCUUCGGCGGAAGGCACGACCACCAUGCUGCUCACGAGUGUCCCAUCAUCAGCCUCCCUGGCGGAGUACAAUCAAAGCACUAGCAAAGGCCACGAGAUCCUCAGCCAGGCCUACCAGAGCAGCAGCGUGCCUCUGAAGCUGUUGCCGGUCAAGCCCCGGAAGUACCCGAACCGUCCCUCCAAGACGCCCCUGCACGAGCGGCCCUACGCCUGCCCCAUCGACAGCUGCGACCGCCGCUUCUCGCGCAGCGACGAGCUCACGCGCCACAUCCGCAUCCACACGGGCCAGAAGCCCUUCCAGUGCCGCAUCUGCAUGCGCUCCUUCAGCCGCUCCGACCACCUCACCACACACAUCCGCACGCACACGGGCGAGAAGCCCUUCACCUGCGAAACCUGCGGACGCAAGUUCGCGCGCAGCGACGAGAAGAAGCGGCACGCCAAAGUGCACCUCAAGCAGAGGUCGAAGCGACAGCAGUCCUCGUCGCAGGGACAACCGCCGGUCACCACUUUGGCGGUGUCGCCUCAGCAGCAACAGCAACAGGGCGGGCUCCUGCUGCUGGACAUUCCACCCUCCACUAGUCUCCUCGCUGGACCCCUCGCGACCCCCGUGGUCACCACCACGUCAGCCACUGCCCUCAGGUGUGAUGUAGCUUUGACAGACAGUUCGUGUAAGAAGGAAGAUUUGGAACGCUUCUAA